AUGUCAAUUCCUAACCAUGCAAACAUUUUCACCUGUACGUUCUGCUUCCAUGUUUCCCAUGGCCCUCCCCAAAUUAUCGGACGCUCUGCACGACUCGCAUGUACACCCUGCCACGCCGCGCUUCUUAAACUCGCCAUUUGCUGGGUCUGCGGCGAACUUGUCUUUCGUGGCGACGAGUGCGUUAGCUUUGGUUGGUGUUUCUGGCAUCGGGCGUGCUACGGAUGCUUGCUGUACGGAAGCAGAGCUAUCUACCAGGGUGUGCGGAUACAGGAUCUCUUUCGGGACGAGGAAGAAAUCGAAAGAGAUGGAUGUGGAGGGAAAGAAGUGGACAAAGUGCCGCUCUGUGCGGCUUACGUGGUCGAAGUCGAAGUCGAUGGGGUGACAGAGGAGAGCACCGUUGUCAACAGAGGUCUGAGGCGGGUUGAGAAAGUGGAUGGUGGAUUGACAAGGAAGAGAUGGGAGGCCAACAACAAUGAGAGGAACUCCAAGUCUGUUUCCUCGUGGCAACCGCCUAUCUACCGUACUGGAGACGGGGUAACAGGAGAUGAAGGCAUAUCCAGCAACUUCUCGAGCAAUUCCAGAGACACUUCAAAGUCAGUCAUUUGGGUCGACAUCUUUGAUCCUAUUAACGGACCUUCCUUCAAACCGAGCCCUUUGAAGCCAAUACCUCUAUUCAUGCAACGACCCGCAAGUCCCAUUCGUGAACCGCACCGCAGAGUAACCGCUAUCGACACACAUCUUCAAGCACCCCCAUACCUGAGAAAGCCUCGUUCAGCUCCUGGAUCAGCCUAUCCCAGAUCUCUUGAAGAAAGUACAAUAUCAGAUCAUCAAAGCAUGCGCCAACGGUCACCAUCUCCAUCUGUACUUGAUGCUUCUCGAUCCCCAAUGCCACGUCGUGAAUAUGGGGAUAGACCGUCGUCUCCUGAAGUUCUGAAGAACUGCACAAAAGAUGAUGAGCUUUCUGAAGUACGGCAUAGACAAGCUGUCAGCUGGGUUAGAGAGGAGCCUUUGAAACGACCUUCAUCUCGACUUGCCCCUUCCCGUCACUCAGAUCUCAAUCGUUCGGAAGCCACCACUUCAGCGUAUCGAACACCCCCUGAGUAUCCUGAUCAGGUACUACGGACGCCUUACCCACUUCCUUUGUCUACCGCCAGAACAGCCAGGCCUUUGCCCUCGCAACUCACAUCACAUUCGCAACGGAGUGCGAAUACUGCACCACAAUCGUCAGAGUAUCUGGACCGUUACCAGCCUAUGAUGGCAAGACCAGCACAGAAUCCUGAGGUACGAAGAUUGAGGAGAGUGGCAGCGAGCUUGAGUGAGGAAGGUCUUGCAAGGACAAGGUCUGAACAAUCUGAGGGUAACAAUGAUUGGGGCACGGUUGGGUCUGAGCUGAGACGAUUCUUUACGGGACGGUAG